AUUUAUUAAUUUGUUGUAACAUACAUGUUUUAUUUUACAGAUCAAAGAGUGGAUAUGUUGGACUGGUUCAGCAAGCUCACGCUCGAAGUGAUUUUAUGCACUGCUUUUGGUGUGGACGCCAACAUUCAGCUGGGAGAAAAUACGGAAAUGUUGGAGAAUGCGAAAGCACUGUUCCAAACCCCGGGUAUCCUCCGACAGUUAGCCCGCCUGCCAUUUGGCAAAGCAUUCCUUAAGCUGAUGGCAUAUCUAUCCGGCAACAAACCGCUUUAUUUUCAAGGUGUUGCGAAAGAGAUCAUAAAAUCCCGUCGCCAGCAGGGGCUGACAGGACGGAAAGACUUGCUCCAUCUCAUGAUGAUCGCCAACGAAGAGACCACGGUGGAAGGAGUCAGCAAACUUUCUGAUGAAGAGAUUGUAGCCCAAGCAAUCCUCUUCCUUCUGGCUGGUUACGAAACGUCAAGCAACACGUUGUCGUUCACUCUGUACUACUUGGCCGUGAAUCCAGAUGUGCAAGACAAGCUGAGGAAAGAGAUCACGGAAGCCAUGGAGUCCAAUGCCAAGAUGCCAUUGUACGAAGUGGCGCAGAGUAUCGAGUACCUUGAUUGCGUCAUCAUGGAGGCUCAACGCCUGUAUCCGCCGGCUGCACAAGUCAACAGAGAAUGCUCUGAAGAUUAUGACCUGAAUGGAAUCCACAUUCCAGCUGGAACGGAGAUAGUGAUUCCAAUAUAUGCUCUCCACCAUGACCCUGAUGCAUGGCAAGACCCCGAGAAAUUCGACCCCGAGAGAUUUCGCGGCCCCGCCAAGGACGCUCGCCAUGCCUUUCAGUUCCUACCGUUUGGUGCUGGGCCCAGGAACUGCAUCGGGAUGAGGUUCGCCCUGAUGGAGAUCAAGAUCGCACUGGUGAGAAUUUUGACGAAGUAUAAGUUUGUGCAGUCACCGGAGACACAAGUACCGCUGAUUAUACACCCUGGCGGUACCCUGAGUGCAAAAGGCGGCGUUAGAGUUCGGGUGGAAACUGUAAUUUAAACUGAAUCAGUUAGUGUAAUCUAUGCAUAAAAAAAAUGAUUUGCGAAGGUGCAAACUGAAAGAUAAAAACACAUUUUCAUAGUGGUCUAACAUAUAUUCCUAGAAAGCUACAGCUGUUAAAAAGAAAUGCCUGUCUCUCCUUGUAAAGCUAAAAUUCAAAUUCAGCAGGAGGUGAGGAAAGUAGGACAAGCCAAGCCCCUUUUCGAGAGAAGCUUAGCAUUGAACUACUUUUUCGUUAGUGUAAUGUAAGAAAACACGAUUACCAAGUUACCUGACAUAGUUUUGUCUUGGAGAAUAAUUUAUUGUUUAGGCAGUGUUGUGUAAAAGUCGCGCCUUUUCGUCAGAAAUAAAGUUUAUUUAUAAACGCA